GGUUGGGUUUAUUCGAAUUAGGGUUGUCUGAGCAUUUUCAAGAUUCUUGGGGGGGGUGAUUUUCCCGGAUCUUGGUGCCAAAGAUGGCUCUUUUUCGCAAGUUUUUCUACCGGAAGCCGCCGGAGGGGCUUUUGGAGAUAUCUGAAAGGGUUUUUGUCUUCGAUUGCUGCUUUACCAGUGAUGUUCUUGAAGAUGACGAGUAUGCCCUCUACAUGGGAGGCAUUGUCCAUAAUCUGUGCGACCAUUUCCCCGAUGCCUCAUUCAUGGUUUUUAAUUUUAAGGAUGGGGAAUAUGAAAGUCAGAUAGAGAGCAUACUCGAAGACUACAACAUGACCGUGGUCAACUACCCCCAACAUUACGAAAACUGCCCCAUACACACAAUGGAGACAAUCUAUCACUUCUUGAAAGCGAGCGAGAGUUGGCUAUCACAUGGCCCCACAAACAUUCUUUUAUUGCAUUGUGAGUUUGGGGGGUGGCCCGUUUUAGCCUUCAUGCUGGCUGCCCUAUUGAUAUUCAGGAGGCAAUACACCGGGGAGCAUAAAACAUUAGACAUGAUCUACAAGCAAGCGCCUCGUGAGCUUCUUGAAUUGAUGAUACCCUUAAACCCAUUGCCUUCACAGUAUAGGUACUUGCAGUAUGUGUCGAGAAGAAAUUUGGGCUCUGAAUGGCCACCGCUUGAUAGGGCUCUUACUUUAGAGUGCGUCAUCAUUAGACACAUUCCUAAUAUGGACGGGGAAGGAGGGUGUCGUCCUAUAUUUAGAAUAUAUGGGCAAGAUCCCUUUAUGGCUGCAGAUAGGACACCUAAGGUUCUCUUCUCCACACCCAAAAAUUGUAAUGAUGUCCGAUAUUAUAAGCAGACAGAUUGUGGGCUCAUCAAAAUUGACAUCCAUUGUCACGUACAAGGGGAUGUAGUGCUCGAGUGUAUCACCCUACAGGAACAGGACGAUGAACUUGAAUGUGAAGAGAUGAUGUUCCGUGUUGUAUUCAACACUGCAUUUAUCAGAUCAAACAUUUUGAUACUUAACCGUGACGAAGUUGAUAUGCUAUGGGACGUGAAGGAUCAAUUCCCUAUGGACUUUAGAGCAGAGAUUCUUUUCUCGGAGAUGGAUUCUGCCACUUCUUGUGAUGUAACACCUACUAGUGUUGAAGAGAGAGAGGGAGGAGGUCUUCCUUGUGAAGCUUUUUCCAAAGUUAGAGAAAUUUUCAGCAAUGUGGACUGGUUAGAUCCAAGAACAGAUGUGGCUCAAGAUAUCCUCGAAAUCAGAGCAGCUAACAUUCUUCAAGAAAAGCUGGAAACUUUAUCUCCCCAGCCUGCAAGAAAGAAUACACUCAUGAAGAGCGCUUCAAGUUUGACAAAUGAAGUGAUUGGGAGUUUAAUUUGCCAGUCACCGCAAUCAAACAAGGACUUCGAACCGAGCUUUCAUCAGAUAGCUAGUAAACUGAAGAACGGCAGCAGCCAUUUCCAAGAUGCUAUAGAAGGGAUGAACUUACAUAGGAGUACUAGUAAGAAGAAAUUGGAAAGCGUAGUAAGCAAUGCUGGAAAAACGGCAGGUCUACUGUCUGACCCAUACCAAGAAAGAGUCAUUGAUAAAUCAAGGUCCCCUCCACCCCAUGACCAGACUACAAUGCCUUCCCUUAUUGAUCAUGGGCAACCCAUGGCCAUUUCACAAGGUCCAAGCACAAAAAAAGCCGAUGCCAAGUCCCACACUCAAUCAGAAGUCAUGUCUCAGGAUGUAACUCAGACUGAAGUCUUUAGGAGAGGUUAUAAUGGUAAUCCGACUCUCACAAGGUACCAUGGUGCAUCAGCAGUUGGAAUUACAGCCCUGUUGCAUGAUCAUGCUGCUGAAUUCAAUAACAAUAGGACUCAUAUAACAGAAAGCAAUUCCUCAGUGGCACUGUCCCCAAGAAACACCAUUUUAUCAUCUUUUUCUGGUUUGUUAAAACCAUUGUCUCCUAGUAAAUUGUCGGCUUCUCCUCAGCCUCCUUCACCAGGCCCUCUUCCUCCCCCACUUCUCCACCCACCACCUACCAGUGUUGUUCCUGCUGCUCCUCCCUGUGUACCUCCAUCGUGUUCAGAGUUAGUGGAGUCGAUCCGGACAGCUAUUUCCAGACCUUGUCCGCCUCCCCCACCACCACCUUGCCAAGAUUCAGCUCAUCCACCACCACCACCUUGCCCGAAAUCAGCUCAUCCACCACCACCACCACCUUGUCCAGGAUUAGCUCAUCCACCACCACCUGCUCCUUGCCCUCCACCACUACAUUCAGCUCCACCACCAGCCCCUCCUCCUAAGUGCUCUACAAAUGCUGCACCUGCUCCACCUCCACCAGUUUCUUUGAAGGGCAGAACGGAUGGGAUUGUAGCAAGUGGUGGUGCAAGUAUACCUCCACCUCCCAUCGGGGCAACGAAGGGGAAACUGCAGCCACGGACAGGUGUUAGAAAUCAAGCUCAGAGCAAAAGGACGCCUUUGAAACCAUAUCAUUGGUUGAAGUUAACAAGAGCAAUGCAAGGAAGCCUAUGGGCUGAUGCACAAAAACCGGAGGAAGCUUCCAAAGCUCCUGAAUUUGACAUCUCUGAACUUGAGAGUCUAUUUUCAGCAGCUAUUCCAAAUUUAGAUCAUGGGAGUGCUGGAAAAUCAAACCGCCGUGCUGCAGGACCCAAAUCUGAUAAAGUGCAAUUAAUUGACCUCAGAAGGGCAUACAAUUGUGAGAUUAUGCUUACAAAAGUUAAGAUUCCUUUGUCAGAUUUAAUGAGUUCGGUUCUUGCUUUAGAUGAUUUAGCAUUGGACACUGAUCAGGUUGAUAAUCUAAUCAAAUUUUGUCCAACAAAGGAAGAAAUUGAACUUCUUAAGAAUUACAAGGGAGAUAUGGAUAACCUUGGAAAAUGUGAAAAGUUUUUCCUAGAGCUGAUGAAAGUUCCAAGGGUAGAAUCCAAGCUCAGAGUCUUUUCCUUUAAAAUCCAAUUCUGUUCCCAGGUUUCUGAUUUAAGAAAAAGUUUAAAUAUUGUGAACUCUACUGCUGAAGAGGUCAGAAAUUCUGUUAAGUUGAAAAGAAUUAUGCAGACAAUUCUAUCCCUGGGGAAUGCUUUGAAUCAUGGGACUGCAAGGGGUUCUGCUGUUGGAUUUCGGUUAGAUAGUCUUCUAAAGCUGACCGAUACACGUGCUCGUAAUAACAAGAUGACUCUAAUGCACUAUCUCUGUAAGGUUCUUGCUCAUAAGCUACCAGAAGUAAUGGAUUUUCCUAAUGACCUUUUGAGCUUAGAGGCUGCAACAAAGAUACAACUAAAAUAUUUGGCAGAGGAAAUGCAGGCCAUCAGCAAGGGGAUGGAGAAAAUUCAACAAGAACUCACUGCCUCAGAAAAUGACGGCCCUGUGUCCGAGAGUUUCUGCACCACAUUAAAGAAUUUUCUUAGCUACGCUGAAGGUGAAGUGAGAUCUCUGGCUACCUUGUAUUCUGGAGUGGGAAGAAAUGCUGAUGCUUUGGCUAACUAUUUUGGAGAAGAUCCCGCCCGUUGCCCAUUUGAACAAGUUGUAUCUACUCUGCUGAAUUUCGUGAGGAUGUUUAAAAAAGCUCACGAAGAAAACUGCAAACAGCUUGAAUUUGAAAGGAAGAAGGCUGAAAAGGAAGCAGAAAACGAGAAGGCCCAAAUAAACGCUUCGAACCAACAGAAGGGAAAUGAAAAGAUUAGGAAGAGUAAUUCCUCCAUAGGCACCGCCGCGGAGCACCAUUUGAUAGAAACAACAUAGAGCACAUAUUCCUGUUGGUUUGAGUCCAUUCUUCGACUGUUGCAAAAUGCAAAGGUAUAUGGUGACUUGAAAGAGAGUUCAGCCAAAUGGGAAGAUAAAAUACCACUUGUUUCGCACAAAUGAAGACCAUGUUUUCUAUCGAUAUGGAGUUGCGAAGCGACGUAGGCGCGGGCCCCACACGCGAGAGACUGUUUUUAAGGAUCGGUCAAUGUAAGUAAAUACUUGCUCCAGUG